GUAAAUUAUGUGGACUUUGAUGAGCUUUUACUUUAAUGGCAAUUUAUUCGCUUCAAUGGCGGAUACUGCCACAGAUUUUCUCUUUCCUUGAACCUUUCAAUGUCAGCUACGACCACAGGGCUCUAAUCGUCGCCAGUAAACGGCGCAUGCUCAUCUCCGCUGGAGUUCACUACCCUCGUGCCACUCCUGAAUAUAACUUUGAAGGAAGGUACGACCUUGUGAAGCUUGUUGGAUCAAGUGGUCUCUAUCAUAGGUCCUUACGUGGAACUUUGGGGAAGUUUGUAAAGAAGAUUGUGACUGAGAGAAGUUUCACCAGGCUGAUGCCUAUGAUAAACAUUCGAUGCUUUCGGUCUGUUCGUGCUUGCAUAUAUUGAUGAACGGUUGCAGUGUUUUGGUGGAAAAAACAAACUUUGGUCGAACUUCUGGUGGUCCUUUCUAUGUUACAAGCUACGAUUAUGAUGCUCCUCUUGAUGAAUAUGGUGUGGGUGCAUGAUAAGGAACCAACCACUUUAUUGAUAUGAACAAGUGAUUACACGCCCAAGCUUAUGAGCUUGAAGGCAAACCCUAUCUCAAUCUUUGAAUAAUUCUCAGAAUCGAGCCUUUCUCUCUCUAUCUUUCUGAAUGAAUCCGUAAAACAGAGCAUGGUUUAGUUUUUAUAUUACAAAUUCGUUGUACUAAACAAACCGAAAUAAAACCAACAUUUAAAACCGGUUAAGCACUUGAAUUGAUCGGGUCAUUCCUUUUCGGCUUCUUCUUCUUCAAGACGUAGACAUAUCAAUACUCCAAUGUGCAGACUGAGCUUGUCCUCAAGCGAAAAAGACGGAAACUGGUGUUUUAGCUCGCCCACUCGUACCCACGACUUCUCAUGCGCUGGUAAACCUUGCCACUUAAUCAACAGCUCCAAAUGGCCCUGAUCAUCAUAACGUGUGUCCAUAAUGCUUUCGGGUUCAAUUAUCAACUCAUCAUCCACUGAAACCGAAGGAGGUAAUGGUAACACUGUGUGACCUUCACCAAUCACAGGUUUAAGCUGUGAAACAUGGAAUACCGGAUGGAUUUUGGACGACUCCGGUAGACGUAGCUUAUAAGCUACUUUCUCCACACGUUCGAGUACCUCAUAUAGACCAUAGUAGCGAGAGCUGCUAACUUCUGACAUAAACGCCGGCUAACUGAAUGUUGACGAUACGGUUGUAACUUCAAAUAUACUCGCUGAUCCACGCAAAACUCCAAAUCCCUGCGAUGUUUGUCAGCAUUAUUCUUCAUAACAUCUUGAACUCGAGUCAAAUGAUCUUUCACUUCUGACAAUAUCGCAUCACGCUCUUGCAGAAGUCUGGCUAAUUCAAAGUUCUGAGUGCAGCCUUCCUCGAAAUGCAGCAAGGGAGGAGGAUCUCUGCCAUACACAAUCUUGAAAGGUGUUGUCUGUGUCGCUGUAUGAUACGACGUGUUAUACCAUAAUUCAGUCCAUGGUAUAAAUUUGGACCAAGUCUUCGGGUGAGUUGAAGCAAAACACCUCAAGUAUGUUUUGAGGCAACGGUUGAGAACCUCUGUUUGGCCAUCUGAUUGUGGGUGAAACGUUGUACUAAACCGCAACUUAGUGUUACGUGUGAGGGUCAAGGGGUCAACAUAAAUAUUCUUGGGCCUAAAGGGGACAAUGAUGUUUGCACUUGCUUUACUGUAGUGGGCUAUGGGCUGUGGCUGAGUCAAUAAGAGUGGGAAGAGGAUCUAGAAGUCUCUAGAGGGAUGAGCAAGUGUCCUGGACUUGUUGGCUGCACACACAUGGAUUGUUAGCGGAAAGUCACUGUUAUUGUUAAAUAGGGAGUAGAAUCUUAGAGAGAGGGUAUCACGGAGUUGAUCAAAGUGUAUGGGAGAGGAAGAGAGACCUCUCGAACCCUUCUCUCUAAUCGUGUAUUUACGUUUAUCAGUCUAUAAUAAAGAGUUUUGUUAUCAGAUCGACUAUUUGUCUACCUUUCCAAUAUGUUUCACGUAUCAAAUGGUAUCAGAGCAAGACGAAUCUGAGAUCAUGACGCCGAGAGUGCAGAAACCUGAUGAGAAAACUAUCAGGGAGAGAGUCUUCGAGGAGAUGCAAAAGCUACACGAGGCCUGCGCUAAGGUGGAUCAGAUGGUGGAGUGGGUCAUAGAGAUAGAGAGUCAACUUCGCAUACUCCCCAUCCUUAAGCAGCGAGUGAAAGGGAUGGAAGAGAUCUAUCGGGGAGAGAAGAAAGAGACGAUGGUAUCAGAGACGUUGGUGCUCGGAUCUGACUCAGAUCAGAUCGCGACUUCAAUCGCGACUUCAAUCGAAGGAUCUCAGGAGAGCCUUCUCUUGAAUCCAAUGCCAUAUGUGGAACAAACUCAUCAAAUGGUCCUGCAGAAAAAGGACGAAUCAUCGCGGAGGAUCGAGCCUAUGUGCGAAGCAGGAAACACUACCAGCUGGGUCCUUAAAGGAAAGCAGUACUUUGAGGGGGGUAAAGUCACGAAUGAAGAAGUGACGGGAUUGGUGACAGGGAUAAAGGAAAGGGACGAAGAGGAGGUAGAAAAACAGUCAGAGGCUGAUAUGUAUAAGCGUGCCUACCAUGUGUUCGACGAAAUGAAUCUGAGAGGAAAGAGGUUAAUAAGGAAGCGAAAGAAGAAGAGAUGGAAAGAGGUUGCAAAGAAGAACUAUAAACCUUAUGUAACGUCAGCGAGAAGCUGGAUGAUUGAAGGAUUUAGGCUGGAAAAAAUGACACGAAUGUUGAAUGACCAGAAGUUGCAUUGUGAUACCGACGGAAAGAAUGUCAAGCACAAACAGAUGUUGUCAAAGCUGUUAUUGAAACACGCAUCAGUUAAGAAAAAGCUGGCCAGGUGGAAGAAACAUAAAUUUAAACGGAAGCAGAAGAUCAAUGAAAGUUGUGCUGGUAAGCAGAUUGCUUCUUGCUGGAAUGUAGGCAGAAAGAGAAAGAAAAAGAAAAGGACCACGACAUAUAAUACAAUUAUGGAAAGGUGAAGUCUACAACUACUAGUCAAAUCCAGAAGGUGAGCAUGUGCAGAAAGCAAAUCAACAAGAGGCCAAUGAAGCAAUGGAAGUCAUUAAACGAUCAUGUUGUUUAUAACCGCCGAGCCUUGGAGAAAAAGGUCAGGUUGGAGUUUACAAAGAGUAAGAAGAGUAGAACAAGGUUGAGGGAGUAUGAUAGAAAGGGAAUCAACCAGGAUCUGGUGUUUGCACAGCUACAGUGGGCACAUAGGACAGCUUGGAAGAAGCUUGCAAAAGGGAAGAAGCAUAAGUUUAAGCAGAAGCACAACAAGCAGAAGGAAAUAGUCAAGGCAAAAUUAUCAAGGUGCCUAAUUGUAAACUCUUGGAGUCAUAAGCUUGCACCUGAACAUCCUAGAAGGACCUUCGACGGUGGGGGUAAGGGAAAGUAUGGCUGUGAGAGUGUCUGCGCAAGGGGUCAUGAGUGGUUGCAGCUGAACGGUGUAGUGAUGCAGAACAUGAAGUUGCUAGUUGCAGAGACCAGCGAGAAAACAAAGUCGAAGGAAGAGCAUGGGGAUUCAGGAAAGCUCCUCUCGCUAGUUACAACAAUAGGGAUGCAAGCUCUGGGAAAAUUGGAUGAAUGGUGACUGCUCUUGGCUAUACAGAAUGUGGCCGCUAAGAUUCACUCAGCAGAAGAAGAAGCAAAAGGAGACUCACAGCCCAUCCAAUGCUAUUUUGGAAAAUAGUGAAAGCUUGCAAGGCUGCCAUGUUGUUUACGCAAGUGCUUUUACCGCCACUGGAGACGCAGGGCUCUUCACCAGAGAAACAGUGAAGCUUCAUGGGUUCCCUAAGACAACCAUUUCGGAUAGGAUGGUUACAUCCGAAGACUUAAGAUUGAGCUGGGAAAUAAGGUCAGAUUCCUAUGUUAAGCAACUCGGAGUACAUGGCGGAGGUUUGGAGACACAAAAGAGAACCGAAGAGCUGUUUCAGGGAGCAGAAAUGAUGAUGGUAGAAGGGCUACCAUGUCCAGAAGCUACACUGCAGAAAUUCUGGAUUCUGAAACAAGUGCAAGUGAAGUUCUGGGUGAAGAUCCACCAGAAACCAUCGCGGGAAAACGGUCACGUGAUCCAUGCCGACUCAGCAAGCAAAAUCUAAAUGGAGGACAAUUGCAGCAAAGUGAGAAGCAACAUUUCGAGAAUAAGCAUCGAAGAGGAAGGAGCGGGCAAUCUUUGCGGAGAGACAUCAUCAACGUCAAGCAUACUUUGCAUCCUUUCUCGAAGAUAUGGUUACUACUCUCGCAGCAACGGUUUACUCUCCUUGACCUUGGUCAAUUUGAAAGGGGGGAGUAUUGUUACGUGUGAGGGUCAAGGGGUCAACAUAAAUAUUCUUGGGCCUAAAAGGGACAAUGAUGGAUGCACUUGCUUUACCGUAGUGGGCUAUGGGCUGUGGCUGAGUCAAUAAGAGUGGGAAGAGGAUCUAGAAGUCUCUAGAGGGAUGAGCACGUGUCCUGGCCUUGUUGGCUGCACACAUAUGGAUUGUUAGCGGAGAGUCAUCGUUAUUGUUAAAUAGGGAGUAGAGUCUUAGAAAGAGG